AUGUGUGUUGAAGACAUCAUUACUAGCGUGAUGAUUACGAAGUUUCUCCUUGCGGACAAUUCACAAUUGCAAUGGAUCAAUUUGGAGCAAUGCAAGUGGUUUAACGCAGAUGACCCAAAUACUUUUGAAAAGACAGAUGGAAAGUGUCUGCAUUUUCUGGUGAAGAUGCAGAAACAAUAUCCCUCCCCCAUCGGACCCCACCUUAGAGUGCUCUCCUGAUUCAAAACCAAACAAGGUACUAUUCCGUACAAAUACUAGGGAAAAGACAAGCCUUGUUGAGUGGUUCAAGGCUUGUUCAUUGUAAUUCUCGUUCUCCUCUCUCUCCCUCAAGAUGUACAUAAACGGAGCCGUAUUCGUUUGCGCCAUUUUAUUCAUUAUUCACUAUUUUGUAGCGAUAAAAAUACUCAUAUUGCGUGAGCAGAACUUGUUGUUGCGAUUCGUGUUUAACGCCAACUACAAGGGUACAAAGUAAAAGUAGACUGACAAUUUUCUUUUUUUUGUCAUCUUGGAAAAAAAAUGCCGGGAGAUCCCCUUGGAAAUCAGGCGUCCGCGUCGUCGUUGCGCUGACGUCUUCCGCCCAUUAUAGCUUACGGGCGUCGGCGUCCCGAGAGAGUCGGCGACUCCUCUAACCUAACCCGACACCAUUCGACCCCCUCGGGCCGUCCGUUCUUCUUUCAGCGCGUUCAUGCAGUGGCGUGCUGGCUUACUGCAUCACCGUGGUGCCCCCUUAGACUCAGAGGCCUCAGCCACCCGGCUAAUCUUUAGACGAGCUGAGGCCGCCCGCAGUUUCCCGCUUGUAGGUCUCGCGCUUUGUUUCACUUCGGUCGCCCGCUGCAUUUUUAGACUUUAUUUUCCAAGGGCUUCGGGAGUAGCCUCGCCCAUCAGAGUGGGCACAAAAUGGCGCGCGCUCCUUAUAUAUUGCAUUCUGUUGGGCCGGAUAACUUUCCCAAAGCGCUGCGCGCGCGGGGCGGCAAUUGGUCGCGCCGUUUCUCAAUUCUGAGCCGCGUUCUUCUCUGGUUGCCCCUUCUUCGUCUUGGGUGCAUCCCAGAAAACAUCCCCAGGCCCAGCCAUUACUCGGGCCAGCCCUCUACUCUAGACGGGUCGAAGCUUGGGCCUAGAACUAGCUCGGGAAGCUGCUUCACCUUUUGCAAAGUAGGGGCAGCCAGUGGCUGCCUGUCUUGGAGGAGUCUGGAAGCAGCUAGCGCCAUUUGUCGGGGGGAAUAGAAGUGGGGAGACAGGCUUGGACGUGGUCUGACGCUUGUGACAUUGUCAGCCUGUACACAGAGACACGACGGCAAAAGCGAUGGCCACCCCUGCGGCCUUUGUUUGUUUCUGAGGCAGCAAGGCUAGGGCCUGCCUGUUGGGUCGGGCGUGUUUCUUUUCUGCUUCAGCACGCUGGUGAGGAUCAUGAAGGACCCAGCUGGAGUGGGUUGCCCGGUUAGGCUGCGCCGCGCGUGGGUCGCUAUGAAAAGGCUUGCGCCUUCUUUCGGGCUCUUUCAUUCGGGCUCUAUCCCCGCUCUCCUUGGUAUGCUUUCAUAGUGUGCGCCACUGCUUUCUUUGGACGUGUAGUCUGCUCCUGCUGGUCUUAUUGGUUCCGAAUACAUAGAAGCCAGGAUCCUUCUGUGUACUGGCAUGGCUUGUUCAAGUAUAUCGGCGCUAGCCCUACUUGAAGGAGCAUGCAGCAAGAGCAACUUCCCCCCAGGGAAACCAGGCACCUAGCUGCCGCGACGGUCGGCCCGGUUGUCUCUUCGGUAUGUACCGCGGUGCCCCAGCUACUUCGCGGCAUGCUCUUGGCGUCGCUGUGUCUUAGCGCUUCUUAUGUGAACGGGCUCCCCGUCGAUGGCUGUAGACUGACUCGGGCUGAGAUUGUUGACACUUGGCGACUGGCUUUCUCAGGUGUUCCGCGAAGGCACUCCGCACGCAGGACCCGAGGAGGCUACUCGGACACGCUGCGGAAAGGUUCUGCCGUGCGCUUGUAUCCGCCACCUUGAGAAGCCUCCGCCGGCAGUCUCCAGCUACUGACAUAAGCAGUCUGAUCUCGCGGGGCUGUUACUUUCUUAGAAACUCAGAGCGAGAGGACCACGGCCUGGCACCUUUGAGGCCCAGGCGCUCGCCUCGGCGGUGACUUGAGGCAUCGGCGAGCCGGCAAAGCUAGCACUUCGCCCAGCUUGUUCCGCCGCUGAUGCCCAAUAGCACUGAGCCGCGGCCGCUCUCUUGUCGGCGCUUCCAGGUGUAUCAGAUCUGGCGGGGGCGCUCGCUUCUUUCGCGUGUCUCUGAUGGUUUCACUUGGAUGAGCAGCCACGGGCCCGCUGGCUCUUUCCAUGUCUUCGGACGAGCAGCCAUGUCCGCGCUGAGCUCGUGGGGGCUGCGAGUCUGGAAGCUGUUGCAGCGUACGUAGUCCCUUUCCUCGCAACUGCUUCGCCAAGAUGUUGAAUUCGAUACCUCUCGGGGAGGGGCUCACAGCUUUGCUUAGUCGGUUGGUGCUAUCAGUCUAACGCCUUCCAUUUGGAGGCGCUGCAAUAUAUAUCGGGAGUCCUCUAGAGUGCGGCGCCCAUGAGAUUGAUGCUGACUCGCUGGAACUUGGCUGGUUGCAGGGGUGAGGCGAUAACGGUGCUGGUCUUGGUGCUCGGUUUUUCGUGCUUGGGGUUGCUAGCAAUUCUCAUCUUGCACCUUUGUCGGCAGGUUCUAGCCGAUCUCUUUCAUGUGUUUGCGCUCGCAUCUGACUCUGAGGAAGCGCGCAGGCUUCUGUCUCGAAUGGGGCCGCGGUUUCGAUUGUCUUGAACGCUGUGAGACCGUGGCGAGGUGGGGCUGAGACGCCAGCAGCAGAUCGACCUGAGGUUCAGCCUUCCUGGGCUGGAGUUUAGCGGGGCCGGGAUCUUCAUGGACUACCUAGCCUCGCGGGCUAGUAAGUUAACCUUUUAACAUACCUCGCCAACCUGCCUGAAAACAAAAGCGCAGCUUUUGAGAGUGAGCACGGAGGCCACCCGCCUAGAAGCAUCCGCACUGUGGCGGGCUUCGUUUUUAUUGUGGCGUGAGGUUUUUACUGUGGCGCGAACUCUUUUUACUGUGCUGGCGAGAAUUUUUUCUACAUACUGUGGCGAGAGUUUUUUUAUUGUGAUGGAGAUCGUUUUUAUUGUGAUGCGCUCCGUUCUUACUGUGACGAGCCUCGUUUUUACUGUGACGAGUCUCGUCUUUACUCUGUUAAGGUCUAAAAGCAUUGCCAUCUUUCGAAGAGGGACUGCUGGCAACGUCGUUUGUAUCGGACGGGAGGACCUUUGAUUGACAUUGAUGACACCUAAGUUAUCUAGGCUAGAUAAAAUGCUGCAGACUUUAUAUCUAGGCUAGAUAAAAUUGCAUAUCAUGCAGUAGACACGACUUUAUGUCACCGUCACGGAGGUACAAACUUUCAAACUACAACUACAUGUAGAAGUUAUUGUUAUAGAUCUUGCAUCUUUAUCUUUUCCACCUCUGCUAUCUUUUUCUUCAACGGAUGCUACACCUCUCUGAGUUCUCAGUUCUGCUGUCUUUCUUAGAUCCUCUUAUCUCCUUGUUUUUUGAAUACCACGAGGACGCAAGUUAUGCUUAUGUUAUUGUUAUUGAGGCCGCAAGCAAUAUAAUUAGUCAUCCAUGAAAAAUUUCUUAUUCUUAUAAAAAUAAAUAUCGAACAGCAGUAACUAUAUUUAUAGGCAUCUGCAUCUUGAUUAGUCAAAACUACUACUCUGCGAAAGGGGGACGAGUGUAGAGUUUUUUAUUGAGAAAUUAGAGAUGCGUCUACGUCUACCAAAAGUGAAGGAAAUCACAGAGACAUCACGAUCAGAAAGGGGUAAAAAAGCGAGAGAUGUCAGGAGAUUGAUUCUAUGACGACUGAGAGCGGAAAAAAAGUCCUUUGUAUCCUAUGCGAACGAGGCAGAGUCUUCCAGCGAGUAGACGAGAUCUGUCCGCCUUUAAAGCUGUUUGCUGGGACACAAUGGACUGAAGCGGAG